AGCGGCGCAGUGUGUUAUUCCAUCACCCCCAAGCACUUACGAUCAGGCCUGUCCCGUCACCACCACCACCACCAUCAGCUGCGGCUCUGAAGCAGUGGGUCAAAAACACACCGACACUGGAGCUGUGAACCUACCGACGGGGGCUCCCGGUUAAAGCACUUGAACCAGCGCAGUGUUAUCACCGAUCUGCCUGAACCGUUGGACCCACUCACCCACUGCAGCAGCCGUCCGCCGAACAGAAACAUGGUGCAAAAUAAAACCACAGAACUCACUGGAUUCCAUCGCUCUUUCAAGGGCCAAAAUCCCUUUGAGUCAGAUGACUUCACUAAAAAUGGUUCUCAUCUUGAUCCAUCAUUCAAUUUCGAUUCCCCCCCAAGAAAUGACAUACCCUCGAGUCAGCCCAUCGACAUCCCGGACGCCAAGAAGAGGAACAAGAAGAAGAAGCGUUGCCGAGCAACGGACAGUUUCUCCGGGCGCUUUGAGGAUGUGUACGGGCUCCAGGAAGAGAUCCUGGGAGAGGGCGCGUAUGCACGGGUGCAGACCUGCAUCAACCUGAUCACCAAUAAAGAAUAUGCAGUCAAGAUCAUCGAGAAGCGUCCAGGACACAGCCGGAGCCGGGUGUUCCGUGAGGUGGAGAUGCUGUACCAGUGUCAGGGUCACCGAAACAUCCUGGAGCUGGUGGAGUUCUUUGAAGAGGAGGACAAAUUCUACCUGGUGUUUGAGAAGCUGAGAGGAGGGUCUGUCCUGGCUCAGAUCCACAAGAGAAGGCACUUCAGUGAGCAGGAAGCCAGCGUUGUAGUGCAGGACAUUGCUAGCGCUCUGGAUUUCCUGCAUAACAAAGGCAUGGCCCACAGGGACCUGAAGCCAGAGAACAUCCUGUGUGAGCACGCUGAUAAGAUCUCCCCAGUCAAGAUCUGUGACUUUGACCUGGGAAGUGGAAUCAAGCUGAACAGCGACAGCUCGCCCAUCUCCACCCCGGAGCUCCUGACUCCUUGCGGCUCAGCAGAGUACAUGGCCCCAGAGGUGGUGGAGGCCUUCAGUGAGGAGGCCACCAUCUACGACAAGCGCUGUGACCUGUGGAGUCUGGGCGUGAUCCUCUACAUCAUGCUGAGUGGCUACCCGCCCUUCGUGGGGCGUUGUGGGGGUGGAUGUGGCUGGGAGCUGGGAGAGCCCUGCCACACCUGUCAGAACACCUUAUUUGAGAGCAUCCAGGAGGGAAUUUACGCGUUUCCUGAGAAAGACUGGGCUCGUAUAUCUUCAAGUGCCAAAGACCUCAUUUCCAAACUUCUGGUGCGGGAUGCCAAAAACCGCCUGAGUGCCGGCCAGGUGCUGCGGCACCCCUGGGUGCAAGGGGGAGCCUCUGACACUCUGCCUACAUCCAUCUUGCAUCAAAGGAACAGCAGAGCGCGGGGCCUGACGUUCUUCGCCGGCCAGGCCAUGGCUGUGAACCGGCAGCUAGCGGAGCAGGAUGGCAUGGAGGAGGAGGAGCAGCAGGAGGUCCCGCUGGUCAUCACAGCCAGCGGCUCCUCCAUGCCCCUCUUCCCUCCGUCCAACUCUAAACUGGGGCGCCGCAGGCAGAAGGACAGCGGGCCCCAGGCCGGGCCCCAGACGGGGCCCGUCUCCGCAGCAGAGCUCCGGCAGCUCCUGGCGCCGCUCGUCAUCAUGGGAGACUGUGCCUGACGCCUGCCGCCCUCUGAAGACCCCUGGUGUAUGAUCCUCCCCCUGAAGAGCCCCCCCAGAAGAGCCCCCCCUGUGGUACCUUUAGCUGUUCAGGUCUUGCUGUACAUGAGGACUGUUGCCCCUAGCUCUUCUCAAAAUGCCUUCUGCUUUUCGGCAGCACACAGAAAAAAAGCACAUCCUCCCGGGGCGAGCCCAAGGUAGAGCCAUGUUAUUAUAACAUGAACCAUGUUCUACCUGUUGGUGUAACAUGAACCAUGUUCUACCUAACACGGUUCAUGUUAUUAUACCAUGAACCGUGUUCUACCUGUGGGUGGAACACGGUUCGUGUUAUAAUAACUUGUUCUACCUGUGGGUGUUCUACCUGUGGGUGUGCGUGCCCAGCCUGCCGUGGAGGGCGGCUCCAUGUUUGGGUUGAAGUAAAGUAGGUGUUGUUUUGAGUUGGUUUUAUUUUUUUCAUACACUUCAGGAGCAAUUUAAACUAAUUUCUUUCCAACCAAGACACCAAAGGACAACCUGUUGUGCUGCUUCCACAUGUUACAACUGGAUCCACUGUGAAUUAAGUUAUCGGGAAUGUUCUCUAGCCUGUAUGUAUACGCAGAGGUGGCCCGAGUGCACAUGCGUACAGGCUUAUAUGCAAUAUGUAAGAUGAAGGCUCUUUUGUCCAGAAGGGGUUCCAUGUUAGAGCUUGAAGGGCUAUACUCCACACUGUCCCUGCCUGGUGCAGUCUGUCGGGGGCUGGCUCCUUAGUCUAUUCUUUAAUCAUAUCAAACUUCAAUUCUAGCGCUGGAAGUGUUAAGUCUUGGUGAUUUUCAUUUAAUUGACCAUGUGAAGUCUGAAUUAGUUUUCCGAGGCUGGAUGUAAAAGUUGAAGACCUAUUUUAGGCAUUUUCUUAUCGAGAAGCAGUAUGGAAAAGACGGCGUGAACGUGUCCCACUGCACGAUGGUCUGAUGCACUGUGGGCAGAGUGGUUCCAUACCAAUGACCAGCUGUGGAAAAUCAUCUCUGUUGUGACGGUUUGAAGUCUGAUCCCAUGUGGCUGCUGGGAGCCUGAUUACUGGGGCUCAUCGAAGGCUUCCACACAGACGGUGGUGAAUAAUUGAUGCUUAAGGUAGACAUUAUCGGUGGACUUGUUUGAUCUUCGAUUGGUUAAAUGAAUGGAUGAAGCCUUGCAGAAGAAGUCACUGGUUGAGGGUUCAAAGCGGUCUGGGGGAGUCCGUCUGUCCAGCCAGCCUCGAUGCGCUGCUGAACCAGGCAGUGCAGUCCAACUACCAGCAGCCACUCUGUCACGUACUAAACCACCAAGCAGUUUUACUUCUCUGGAAUUCCUUAAGUGUCCAUGUUUUGAUACGUUGCCAUAAACAAGACUCCUUGUGCGAUGGCCGACCGAUUACCUCGCUUUGUUUUUCUUCCUCUCCAGUUGUUGCGUAACUGCAGGUGAUGUCUGCCUGUUCGAUUCUUCUUUGUAUUCUCCUCUCCACAAACCAGUCAGUAUAGCUGUGCUUCAGACCCCCACUAGAGGCAGGAGGGAAGCUGUUUUCAGGGUCUCUUUCCGGGGUUUAGCCGUUUGUCCUUUCUGACGUUGGCGCAUCUCAAGCCUUUUGUUUAUGCCAUGGAUACAGCUUCACCGCAAAUUAUUAAAUUAAUAGGAUAUGAGGUUAUAUAUUUUUGUUGGUAUAACUAAAUUAAAAUGGAAAGACAUUCCAGGAAAAUCCAAAAGUACGAAGUCUUCCAAGGUUGUAGAGCUGUAUUGAUAAGCUUACUUUUGUUUUUCAUGUUUAGAGGCUGGCUGCCACCCUCCUUUGGGGUGGCCGUGAUGCUUCCUCUCCAUGGUGUUUCUCGUGCAGGUGCUGCCGUGAUGCUUCGUCUCCAUGGUGUUUCUCGUGCAGGUGCUGUCCAUGGUCAGGUCGGACGCGAGUUCUUUACUCUUCUUCAAAAUAUUUUAUUUUUUUGCGUUUGGUUUCUGAAAGGUCUGAGUUCUGGGGUCCGAGGGAACGACGAGUUGAGGUCUUCUGGAGCGCCGCAUGCCCAGGGAAGGCUUUUGAUUUUAUUUUUAUAUCCUUUUUUUGUUGUAUCUUCUUGUAUGCCAACAUGUUGGCCAUCAGUUUGUUCAGAAUAAGGUUGAUUCUUUCCGACUCGUGUCAUGGGGUUGCCAGACGCUGUGGUCAGCCACCAAAGAGGAGCCGUCAGGCUGAGAUGGGCCCUAACCCUAAGGCCCACCUGGGAUACAUGGAACCCGUCUGUCCUUGUAUGUGGCAGCCCUGCUGUGUGCGGUUCUGUUGUGGUGUCACUGGACCCAUUGUGCUGAUAACAGGACACUGAUUGUAAUACUUUGGGGGGGGGGGGGGGUCUUUGUGCAUCAUUACGGGGUGUUAUGUCUUAUAGUAAGACUUACUUGAAUUUGUGUUUGCAGUCGCAGUACUUUGCAACCAAUAAAUCUCUAAAGAAAAUGCGUUAGGGUGAUUAAGGUAAUCUAUGGGUAUACCCACACUAUUCAGUAUUUCUGCCUUUCUCUUCCCUUGAUUGAAAAGUUUCUAUCUACAUUUUCAGGUUUCUGAUUCUCAGAAAUGCACACUAGUCAGCCAUACUCCGAUAUCCUUUUUUGGUUAUUGGAGUUUUUGUUGGUCUUGACCAUUUCUACUUGGCGGUAAUUUGCAGUAACUUUGGACUGCCUUUUAUUGAGUAGAGGGUAACAUUAUCCAUUCAGCUCAUAGUGUUUAUAUAUACUUUUUUUUUUUUAUAACAAAACGGUCAAUUAUGACCUCCACAAUUUGAAUGUAGCCCAAAGGCUUACCAACAGCGAUAAAUUGUUCUGACAUUUGAGUCGGACAAGCAGAGGUCCAAUGAAUAUUUCUCCUUUUCCUUUUUGGAUGUGAUCUGAUCGACCCAGAGCCCAUAAAUCACUUAAAGAUAAUGUAAAUACAUCCUCUGAAUAGAAAUAACAUUUUGAUUCGAAAUAAGCACUUUACUCUACCAUGCGAAUGAUUGCAGUUCACUCGAAGCAACAUUUGACUGUUGCUACAGAAUUUUGUAUCGUUUUCUACAAAAAAUGCAAUAAAAAUGCUUUGAACCACG